AUGCCAUACCGUCGACGUUCUCCUUUCUCCAAACGAAAUCACAAACCUACUCAAGAAUGUUUGCCGUCCUAUUUUCCUCAGUUCAUUCGCAACCGCUUCAUGGGUCCUUCUGGAAACGUGAAAGGAGAUAUUAAAAGUCCCGGAUUAAGAGUUGAAAAAGUUCAACAGGAUCGCACGACGUAUAAGGAUAAAUGGUGGACUUCGGUCGCCCAAUUUAUCAAAUAUGUGGAUAGCCCCCGUAAUUUUAACCUGGACUGCGACGACAAUGCCAAAGGGCCUGUGACCGCAAAGCGGUUAUUUCGGGCCCGGCCUCAAGAUGGCUGCCAUUCCCAAUCCCCCCCCUACAACCAAGUAAGGAGAUUGCCAAAUCCUCCCAACCGACAGGGUAUGGGUCAGCCCGUUCAUUUGGAAAAUCGCUCAAUUACGUCGUAUAAUUAUGGCGUAUACGAAUUCGGUGAAGUGAAAGUGCAGCAUUCACUUCCUACGCAAGAUGAAGACAAGGCCGUGAUGGCACAUGAAACCUCAACCAAUCCACCGCCUGGAUCGGUGCCCGAGUGCAAUGAGUCUUCAGGUUCAAUACUUCCGGAUACUCAUAAAGAUUCGACACCCCCAGACUUGGUUAAUGUGAUGCCAUGUUUUCGAACGGGCACUGACCUACACGCUUUUGUAUGGGAUGCGAAUGAGUAUGAAAUUGAAACCGGCACUCGCACCCCUCCCAUGUCCAUCUCCAAGUCAAGUUUCGCAGAGCAGCGAAAAAUAUCAUCUUUAUACGGUAGCAGCGUAAACAACGUACCAGACUUUCAGAAGCUCGACUCCAAAGAACCCAAUAAUGACAGUACCGUGGGAGAGGAACUUUUAUUUCGUCCAGAGGACGAUCUUAACAAUAAGGACACACACCUUAUUGAAGAAAAAGGAAUAUCUUCCUCGUGUAAAAUAAAAACUCUGAAAUUAAACUCUGUCUCUAAUCUUGCACAAUCCUUUUCUUUUAUGGAACAGAACCAUGAGGGACCGCACAUCCUAAUCCAAACCCCCCAAUCGGUCGUAGAUGGAACAGGAAUAAAUGGCCUUUGUAAUGGGGAAAGCAAUAGGCCGCCCAUGCCUUCUACCAACGUCAAUGAGUUAGAACCUCACGAUAGGGAAACAAGGAUUUCUGUUUCUAGUACCACUACCACCGCAUCUCUGAAGCCGAAGAGUAAGUUAAGUACACAUGUUGAGCAAAAUUCUAGUUUGAACAGUCCAAUUUUGCAAAUUAGCAAGGAUUCAUUUCCUGAAGCUCCAUGCUAUGACUUUGACAGUAAUAUUGGAUGUGACGAGCUCCAGACCAUCCAUCAGGGAUCGAAACACUUGGUGCAUCAACUGGACAAAUCCUGCCCGGGAUCCCCGCUCUGUGCAUUGAUGUCGCCCAUCAAUGCAUUGAUGACGUAUUCUAUUGAAGGCUCACAUGUACUUUCACCUCAAACUGGAGAGGUUGCGUGCGUGAAAAUGCCCCCUGCAAAUGCUCCUCAAGAAACCAAUAUAACCUAUGGAAAUCCCAUAAAAGCCAAACACAGCAUUUUUCGUACUGGUGACGAAGCUCAAACACAAGCACUUUCCACUUCUGUAAUUUUACCCUCUGAUAAACAACUGAACGAAAAGAUCGAUGCAUCUUCAAUCUCUCAUCUUGUAGCCUUAGCAAAAGUUUGCGGUGCUCGUCAAUACGCAAAGAAGAAGCUCAUUUCCACAUCUGAAGAGGUCAAUGGUAUUUCCAGUCUUUACAAGGUUCGGGCGGUUUUUUUUGAUAAAAAUAUGAAGCUCAAAGCAGUGACGUCGAACACGAAUUUGCAGGAUCCUAAUAUUGGCGAUUCAUCGAAAGAGAGGCCGUGCAGCGCUCACCUACAUGAGGUGGUGAUUCCAAAAGAAAAUACAAACACCAGUGAGACACUGUGCAUGAAGGAUAAUGAAGCGGUCAUAUCCAAAGUAUCAUCACCAUCUAAUAACGCGAAACCAAGGAAAGGUUCCGCCAUGGAGAGUGGCAAUUCCCAUAAUAUCGAAACAGCAGAAUGCAAUAAUAAUGACAGUGGUGAAGCGAUAAAACCUAAUGGAAAUGAUAAAAGUGUUGAUAGGGGUGGAAAAAUACCAUAUGCUGCUUUACUACCGGUUCUGCUCUUUGAGAUAACGAAGGCGGGUCAAUGCAUCCGUGGAGCUCACAAAGCGUUAUCUGAAGGGGAGCAAAAACACAUACUUCCUAUGAAUAUAAACCGAUCCAAAGCAUGUUCACCUAUAGCAUUAAAAAGUGAGGGUCAUUCUAGUUUCAAGGAAACAUUCAAUCAAACCAGUGAAUCACCAUCAUUACCUCCAUUCCUAAAGCAAAAUCACUUUAAGUGA